UUGAAGGCAAGGCUGUCCGAUUGAAGGGAGCAAAGAAGCGCGUUGGAUUUGAAGAUCCAGUUUGUGUUUUGAAAGUGUACAGCGAAGCAUGCUGUGAAGCGCUUCGAAGCGCUGAAUUUGGCGGCGAGAUAAAGCACAUGCUUGCCUGAUACAGAGGCAAGCAAGCCAACAUGUCUUCCCUGGAUGGGGUGAUGAUCCAAGGAAUCCGCAGCUUCGGUCCCAAGGACGUGGACCGAGGCCACCUCAAGUUUCUCUCGCCACUGACCUUGAUACUCGGUGAGAACGGCUGCGGGAAAACGACCAUCAUUGAGACUCUCAAGUAUGCCACCACUGGCGACAUGCCGCCCGGCUCCAAUCGUGGCCAGUCCUUCAUUCACGACCCGACGAUGGCCAAGGAAGCCACUGUCCGGGCCCAGGUGAAGCUGGUCUUCAAUAACGUGCGCGGAGAGAAGAUGAUAGCACAACGUAUCUUUGAGGGCACGCAGAAGGCCAGGCAGAUCACGGUGAAGACCCUGGAUGGCACGCUGACACGAAUGCAGCAGGGAAAGGAGCCUGUCAGCGUUAAUAAAAAGUGUGCCGAUUUUGAUGCGGAGAUGUUUGUGGCGCUGGGGGUAACCAAACCGAUACUCAACUACGUAAUCUUCUGCCACCAGGAGGAAUCGAACUGGCCUUUGGAUGAAGGAAAGAAGCUAAAGGAGCGCUUUGACGCGAUUUUUGACGCCACGGAGUACCUGAAAUGCAUCAAGAGCAUGAAGGAUCACGUGAAAGACCUCCGAAACACAGUGGGAGUGAAAAAGGCCGAGGCAGACAGUUCUCGAAAGGAUCAUGAGGAAGCGGAACUCUUGAAAAGAGAAAUCAGUACACAAAGGUCCCGUCUGGCUGUCAGCGAAGACAAAGUGGCCAAGUAUAAAAAGGAGUGCGAAACGCUUAUUACCGAGCUACGCAGGCUUCAGAAGAUCGAAAAAGAAGCGGGAGCAAUAGAAGUGGAGAAAACCAGACAGGAGACACUUCUGGGGGAGCUGAAGAGGAACAUCGAGUCGCUGGAGGAGAACCUGAAGCGGCCGGGCUGUCUGCAGGUCAGCUCAGAGGUCACCGAGGCCGAGCUGGACGAGAUGAUGCAGCAGAUGGUUUCCUCGCUGGCCCAGAAGAAGCGCGAUGCUGAACGCGACCAGGACCUGCUGGAGGGCGUGGAGAGGAGGAGCGUGCAGCACAAGGACACGGUCAGCAAACUGAACGUGCAACUGGGCAAGCGAGAGGCCGAGGAGGAGCGUUUCCGGCACCUGCGGGUAGAGCGGGACUCCACGGUGCGUGAGUUGUACGGUCGGCAUGGCAGGGAGGCACCGACAGCCACCGGUGAGCUCACGGAAAAGGACGUGCGUGCCGCGAUGACCUUCAUGCAGGAGGUGCUGCGUAAGGCGGAUGCCGACCAGCAGCGAGUGGCGGCCGAAGUGAGCGCGGCGUUGGAGCGGGCGCAGGCUCGCGUGGACACGGUGCGCGACGAGAAGACCAAGCUGGAGUCGGAGCUGGACCACAAGAGGGCGCAGCUGGAGGCGAACUACGCCGAGGGUAAGGAGAUUCAGGAGCGGCUGGCGGCGGCGCGCGGCUCGUCAUCCAAGCUGAAGGAGCUGGACGCGACACUGGCCAACAUUGACACCAGGAUGGACACGGCCAAAAACGCUUUGGACGUGGAUGUCGUCAAGGCACGGCUGAGAGAGAAUGAGGGGAAAGUGGUCGCCCUGGAGGGGGAAAUUCGAAGCUUGGAGGCGGAAAAAGACGCCAUCCUGGCCAAUCUGUCGGUGAAAAAUGAACUGGCCAUCCACGAGGAGAGCUUGAACAAAAAGGAAGGCGAAAUCAGACGCCUUAUGAACAAGAAUGUUGACACCUUCACCACCCUGGACAUGGCAGAUGUGCCUAGAGACAGGUUGAGCCAGCACCUGACUGCCAAGUGCCCCAGCCUGCUGACUCUGUGCAACAAGAACGAAGCCGAGCUCAAGCGCUCGCAAAAGAAGCUGAACUCGCAGGAGGUGACGCAGCGCCACCUGCAAGAGCGGUUGGCCUCGCUGGAGCGUAGCCUGGCCGAGGAGAGGAGCGAGCUGGACGCCACGCUGCAGGGCACCGACCUGGCGACCGAGCUGGCUGCCGUCAGUGCACAAGCCGCUGACCUCGAGAAGGACCACGGCCAGCUGGUGGCCAUGCAGCGGCUCAACAGUGGCUACGUGGACCGGCUGGAGCGGGCGCAGCCGUGCCCGCUCUGCCACCGCGACUUCGAGACGCCGGGUGAGGCGGCCGAACUGGUAGACGAGCUGAGGCGCAAGAUGGACGGCUUGCCGCGUGAGAUCCUCGAGGCCGACGAGAAGAAGCGCCGCGCCAAGGAGCGCUACGACGACCUGUUGACGCUACGGCCUAAGCACGAUCAUCUGCAGCGGCUUCGCGAGAACGAGCUGCCGGCGGUGCGCGCGCAGCUGGAGGAGGCGCAGGCUGAGCUGCGUGCGCUGCAGCAGAGUCACGCGGCCCUGCAGCAACAGGCGCAGGAGACGGAGCGUCACCGGCGAAUGGCCGAUGAGCUGCGCACCGACGUCAGCCGCAUCGACGAGCGCCAGCGCGACGUGCGCCAGCUGCGUGCCGACCGGCGCCGCGACGAGGCGCGCCUGCACCAGUACCACGAGGAGCUGCGGCGGCUCGGUGACGAGCGCAACGACGUCAGUGCUGAGCGGCUGCGCCUCGAGAAGCUACAGGCGGACCGCAGCCAGCUGGAGCGGCGCGGCAACGAGCUGGAGCGCGCCAACGAGACGCUGCGCACCGAGUCGGCCGCGCUGGAGGGCGAGGCCGGUGACCUGGAGGCCAGGUACCUGGCGGCGACUGCCAGCCGCGAGCAGGCGACGGUCAAGGGCCGCGCGCGCGAGGAGGAGCAGCGCAGCGGCUUCGAGGCCGUGCGCGCUGAGGUUGAUAAGCUGCGUGGCUUCAACGAUGCGCUGCUGGCGUACGCUCGCGACAAUCGCGCGCAAGAGCUUCUAACAGUGCGCCGGCAGCUGCGCGACCUGGCUGAGACGGCGCGCGAAGACGCGGCCGAGGCGGCGCGACUGCGUCAGAACAUCGACACGUGCCGCGAGCACCUGCGCUCUCAGGAGAGCCGCCAGCGCGACCUGGACGAUCACAAGAAGCUGCGCCGGCAGCGGCGCGAGGAGCAGUGCAGCCUGGAGGCGAUCGCCGGGCUGGAACGCCAGCUGGCCGGGUACGACACGCACAGCGUGCGCGAGGAGCGGCGCCGCCUGGAGGCGGAGCACUCACGUGUCACCAUGACUGUGUGCAGUGAGGAGGGUGCUCAGAAGCAGAUUCGCGAGGUUGUCCGUGACCGCAGCCGCAAGCUGAGUCAGGAGCAGUUCAGCAGCGCAGAGCGCAUCUACCGCCAGUGCAAGCUCGAGCUGGUCUGCCACAGUCUGGCUGUCAAGGACCUGCAGACGUACGCCAAGGCGCUGGACGAUGCCAUCAUCCGCUUCCACAGCAAGCGGAUGGAGCGCAUCAACGUGAUCGUACGCGAGCUGUGGCGCGCCACCUACCAGGGCAACGACAUCGACUACAUCGAGAUCAAGACGGACCAGUGUUCGGGCGACUCGCGGCGCACCACCUACAACUACCGCGUGGUGAUGGUGAAGCAGAGCACCGAACUGGAGAUGCGCGGCCGCUGCAGCGCCGGCCAGAAGGUGCUCGCCUCGCUCAUCAUUCGCAUGGCGCUGGCUGAGACUUUCGGCGUCAACUGCGGCAUGCUGGCGCUGGACGAGCCCACCACCAACCUGGACCGUGCCAACAUCGGCAGCCUGGCCCAGGCUCUCGAGCACAUCGUGCGCAAACGCGCCGUGCAGAGGAACUUCCAGCUGGUGAUCAUCACGCACGAUGAGGAUUUCCUGGCCGCGCUCAGUCGCACCGAGUACGUCGACCGUUUCUAUAAGGUGCACAGGAAUGAAGGCGGUUUGUCGCGUAUCACAAAGUGCAGCACUUCCAGCAUGUAGACGCGACACGUGACGCGUCGGGCUCGCUGGUGCGCGGGCACGGCGGCCGGUAUCUGAGAAUACCAUAGCAAGCUACGACAUUGCUGCUGGAUGCAGUAAAAGCUAUCCGGACAUACUCGCCCAGGAAGAGCGACUUUUUGUUCUGGAGAUGAGCUGUGGGAGACAACACAGAGGUGUUGUUUUGGUAGCCCACAGGCUUGGUGAUAUUUGAGUGUACUUUGCCACGAUUACGCGUUAUUCCAGACGUUACAUUUUGAUACGAUUAGCUAGUUGUUGAGAUGUCAAUAAACGUCAU